AUGUUCGCCCGCCUCACCCAGCUGUCCCGCCACAUCCCCUCGGCCCAGACACUCACCCAAGCCGUCAAGCCCGCCUUUCCUCUCUCCGGCCUCGCCCGCGCCAGAAUCAUGGUCUCAGCCGACGAGCGCAACACCCGCACCAUCCACACGGCGGCAUGUCUGAUUAUCGGCGAUGAGGUGCUCGGUGGGAAGGUGAGUCCCUGCGCCGUGGCGUUCCGUCCAAUUGUCCAUAUGUCUGCCUUUGGCAGUGUACAUGAUAGAUGCCGUGGGCGUGCAUAUGUUGACCAAUUACCUCAGACCAACUCGGCGUACAUGGCCAAGUGGUGCUUCUCCUUGGGUAUUAACUUGAAGAGAGUCGAGGUCAUCGAGGACGAUGAGAGCGAAAUCGUCGAGGCCGUCAGGCGCAUGAGCGACCGCUACGACUUUGUCGUUACCAGGCACGACGACAUCACCUACCAGUCAAUAGCCAAGGCUUUUGACCUGCCCCUCGUCCUCAACCAAGACGCCUUCGAGCGCAUGAAGAGGCUCUCGAAGCCGCACCCGAACCAGCCGCACUUCGACUGGGACGUCGACUCCCCGGCUCUGCAGGCGAAGCUGCGGAUGGUCAUCCUCCCCACCGACGAGAAGCGAGACCCCAGCAAGCAGUUCCUCUUCCCCCACGAGGAUCUCUGGGUCCCCGUCAACGUCGUCAACGGCAACAUCCACAUCUUGCCCGGCGUCCCGCGCCUCUUCGAGAAGCUCCUGGACGGCCUGAAGCCGAGCAUCGUGCCCCGGCUCACCGACCCGGAGGGCAAGGGCCUCUGCCGUGUGCUCAUCUCCACGCCGCUCCCGGAGAGUGCCGUCGCCGGAUACCUGACCCAACUCGCGGCCAAGGUGGAGCCCAAGGGCGUCAAGGUCGGCAGCUACCCCCGGUGGGAACAAAACGGCACGGUCACGCUGGUUGGACGGGACCAGGCCUUCAUCGAGAGCAUCGUGGACGAGGUCGUGGAAGGUGUUCAGGGCAAGCGCGUAUAUGCGGAGGGCGAGGAUGAUACCACAGCCAAAGCGGGAAAGGGCAUCGAGUAG